AUGAACAACAGCAACUUGGUGAAGAACCCCAUAGUUCCAGGUUGCAAAUUGUCAAAGGACGAGAAGGGAGCUAAGGUUGAUGCGAGUGUGUUUAAACAGGUGGUUGGCAGUCUUAUGUACUUAACUGCAACCAUACCUGAUUUGAUGUAUGGUGUGAGUCUUAUCAGCAGGUUCAUGUUGUGUCCUACAGAGCAACACUGGUUGGCAGCGAAAAGAUUGCUUAGAUAUUUGAAGGGAACGACUGGUCUGGGGAUUUUCUACCAGAAAGGAGGCUGUAAGCAACUCACAGCCUAUUCAGAUAGUGAUUUUGCUGGAGAUGUAGAUGAUCGCAAGAGUACUUCGGGGAGUGUGUUCAUGUUUAGUUCUGGAGCAGUGUCAUGGUCAUCCAAAGAACAGCCUAUGGUUAGCUUAUCCACCACUGAAGCAGAGUACAUCGCUGCUGCCUCAUGCGCUUGUCAGUGUGUUUGGUUGAGAAGAGUUUUAGAGAAGCUUGGUUAUGUACAGAAGAAAUGCACUACAAUUUUGUGUGAUAACAGUUCAACUAUAAAACUCUCCAAGAAUCCUGUUCUUCAUGGCAGAAGCAAGCACAUUGACAUCAGGUUUCAUUUUCUUUGUGACCUGUUUCUUCUGAGUGUUCUCAACACUACGACCUUCGUCAAGGCCUCGAGCGCGUGCAAGACCAAGCUGGAGAAGUGGAUCUCAGCGAUAUUGGAGCACGUGACCGUCGACAACCUCCUGGUGUUGUCAUUCACCUACGACGACAGGAGGCUCUUUGAUCUCGACAGAGUGAGGAAGAUCAUCUUCGGACAGAAAGAAGGUUGGGGGCUGGGGUUGGUGAGGGGCGAGAAGGGGUGA